AUGGCCGGUGGUGCAGCCGACUGUCAGUUCUGGGAGACCUGGCUGAAUACCCAGUGUCGAUUACACGAACUACGAAACAAAGAGAGAAUCAGCGUGGCGGCUGCGUCGAAGAUUCUCGCCAACCUGACAUACAGUUAUAAAGGAGCCGGUCUAUCAAUGGGUACCAUGAUUUGUGGAUACACCAAACGAGAAGGACCAGCUAUUUUCUACGUUGACAGUGACGGCGAGCGAUUACAAGGAGAUCUAUUCUGUGUUGGAUCUGGUCAGACUUUCGCCUACGGAGUUCUCGACAAGAACUAUAAAUGGGAGCUGACGGUUGAAGAGGCGCUGGAUCUCGGCAAACGAAGCAUUCUCGCCGCCACCCACCGAGACGCAUACAGUGGAGGCUCGGUCAACCUGUACCAUGUCACCGAACAGGGCUGGGUGUACCACGGCAACUACGACGUCGGUACCGAGCUCUGGGACGCCAAAGACCGCGAGCAGUCGUUCAACCACAUCGUCACCUCGAUCCCCUCGUAG